UUCCAACUCGCAGAGAGAGCGCAGUAACCAGCUGCAGGUCGUUUUGAUCGAGACAUUGGAGAGAGGAGGGAGAUAGACUUCUGUUGAGGUAGCCUGAAGAAUCAAGGAGAGCUCUCGUGCUUUGCGUGACAUUUAGAAGAAGUUAGAAAAAACAUCAAAGGUUUCUAAAGGAUAGAACAGCCAUCUCAGCCCAUCCCUGUAGCCACAGGACCAUGUGCCAGUGAUGACUAGCUGUUGUAUCCCAGAGGCCCACCUUGGCAGUUAGAGGAAAGGCUCCGCCCCCAUCACCAUGACAGCAGCGUUGCCACGGAACGCUGCCCCCCUGACUGUGCCUGGCCUGUUGCUCCUCCCCCUGCUUCUGCUGCCCCUCCCCAUCACACUGUCCCAGAAACCCAUGCUGCCCUCCCCACCCGCACCCACGCCCGCCCCCCAGUACCUAUCCCGGCCGGAGUGUACCCGGAGAGAACACCCUGUGGUCACCUUCCAAGCCCUGAGUCCUUGGAUCACUAUAUUCUCCCACCCGGAUGUGAGAGACUACUCUCAACUGACCCUUGACCUGACCAGGAAUGAGUUGAUAGUGGGGGCAAGAAACUUCCUCUUCAGAUUGAGCCUCAACAAUGUGUCUCUCAUCCAGGCAACGGAAUGGGGCCCGGACGAUGACACCAGGAGGUCCUGUCAGAGCAAAGGGAAGACGGAGGUGGAGUGUCAGAACUACAUCCGCGUCCUGCUGGUCAAUAAGACUGAGGUCAUCACCUGUGGAACCAACGCCUUCCAGCCCCUCUGUAUCACCCGGGAGGUUGGGAAUAUGAGUAGUGUGUUGGAUCGCGUGAACGGCGUGGCAAGGUGCCCCUACGACCCUCGCCAUAACUCCACGGCGGUGGUGACGGAGAGCGGCGAGCUAUACGCCGCCACGGUCAUCGACUUCUCUGGUCGCGACCCUGUCAUCUACCGGAGCCUCGGGGGCAUGCCACCCCUCAGGACGGCCCAGUACAACUCCAAGUGGCUCAAUGAGCCCCAUUUCAUCUCAGCCUAUGAUGUGGGUCUCUUCACAUUCUUCUUCCUGCGUGAGAACGCUGUGGAACACGACUGUGGGAAGACCGUCUACUCCCGGGUGGCCCGCGUCUGUAAGAACGACAUCGGAGGGCGGUUCCUACUGGAAGACACCUGGACCACCUUCAUGAAGGCCAGGCUGAACUGCUCGCGCACCGGAGAGAUCCCCUUCUACUAUAACGAGCUGCAGAGCACCUUCUAUCUGCCUGAACAAGACCUCAUCUACGGGAUAUUCACCACCAAUGUGAACAGUAUAGCAGCAUCUGCAGUGUGUGCGUUUAACCUCAGCUCCAUCACCCAGGCCUUCAACGGUCCCUUCCGUUCCCAGGAGAACCCCCGCUCUACUUGGCUGCCCACCCCCAACCCCAUCCCAAACUUUCAGUGUGGUACCAUAGAUGAUGACGGCGGUCCUAACGAUGGUCUGACGGAGCGCAGCCUCCAGGACGCCCAGCGGCUGUACCUGAUGAACGACGUGGUGCAGCCCGUCUCUGUGGACCCCUUGGUCAUGCAGGAUGACGUGCGCUUCUCCAGACUGGUGGUGGACAUUGUACAGGGUCACGACACACUCUACCAUGUCAUGUACAUCGGCACAGAGUACGGCACCAUCCUGAAAGCUCUUGCGACCACCAAUAAGAGCCUUCAAGGGUGUUACCUGGAGGAAAUCCAGCUCUUCCCCGCUGGGGUGCAGGAGCCAAUCUUGAGCCUGCAGAUCCUUCAAAGUGAUAGGUCACUGUUCGUAGGACUCAACAACAGAGUUCUGAAGAUCCAUCUGGAGAGAUGCUCCAACUACAAGACUGAGAUGCUAUGCCUGGAGGCCAGGGACCCAUACUGUGGCUGGGACAGGAAACAGAAGCGAUGCACCACCCUGGAGGAUAGCUCUAACAUGAGCCAGUGGAGUCAGAACAUCACUGUGUGUCCGCUGAGGAACCAGAUCACCAUCGGUGGCUUUGGACCCUGGGCAGCGUGGCAACAAUGCAGCAACGACGACGGCGAAGGCACCAGCACCUGUCUGUGUCGCUCCAGGGAGUGUGACAACCCUCCAGCUCGCUGUGGCGGGAGGAACUGUGAGGGGCCCACCAUUGAAGUCUCCAACUGUUCCAGAAACGGAGGCUGGACCCCCUGGUCGUCAUGGGGACAGUGCAGCACCACCUGUGGAACGGGGUUUGAGAUGCGCCAGCGCUCCUGCAACAACCCGUCGCCCCGUCACGGUGGUCGGGUGUGUGUGGGCCCCGUCAGGGACGAAAGGUUCUGUAACGAGGGUGUGUCAUGUCCCCAGCCUAUCUUCUGGUCCCCGUGGGGUUCCUGGACUAAGUGCAGUGCUGAGUGUGGAGGUGGGGUCCACUCCAGGGUCAGGAGCUGUGAGAAUGGGAACAGCUGCCCAGGCUGCGCACUGGAGUACAAGGCGUGUAACCUGGAGGCGUGUCCAGAGGUAAAGAGGAACACCCCCUGGACCCCGUGGAUGCCCAUCAACGUGACCCAGGGCGGGGCACGCCAGGAGCAGAGGAUGCGCUACAUGUGCCGCGCCCAGCUGGCAGACCCCCACGAGCUGCAGAUCGGACGACGCAAGGUAGAGACCCGCUUCUGCCCCAAUGACGGCACGGUUGCCUGCGAGACCGACACUCUAGUGGAGGACCUCUUGAGGACCCCUGUGGUACGAGUGGCAGGCUCCGACUGGUCAUCAUGGGAGACGUGGUCCGCCUGCUCCCAGGACUGUGCCAAAGGGUACCGCACCCGCAAGCGCACCUGUACCACCCCAGAGGGCAAGGCUGCCCCGCCAGCCUGCAGGGGCUCACCCGUGGAGUACCAGGACUGCAACUCUCAGGCCUGUCACGUGAGUGGAGCCUGGUCGUGUUGGUCGUCCUGGUCUCAGUGUUCAGUGCCCUGUGGUGGAGGGCACUACCAGCGUACCCGCUCCUGUAACAACCCCAGCCCUGGCAACGGAGGAGAUAUCUGUAUUGGCCUACACACUGAGGAAGCGCUGUGCAACACACACACCUGUGACGGCGGCUGGAUGGCCUGGUCUCUGUGGUCAGUGUGUGACAAUGCAGGGCUGCAGGUACGCAGCAGGGUCUGUGGAGCUCAAGGCUCCGCCCCCUGUGUGGGAAACAGCACCGAGCACAGGGACUGCAAUGAGAUCCCAGUGAUUCUCCCUGCGUCUGGCUUUGAUAAGGACCAACAAUGCGGAGCAUUCACCUCGCUGCACCUGAUAGCCACAGGCGUGUCCUGUUUCCUGGGGGCGGGCCUUCUGUCCUUUCUGGCCUACGUGUACAGCCAGCGCUUCCACAAGCCCUUGCAGGAGUCCGCCGUCAUACACCCCACCACGCCCAACCACCUCAACUACAAGGGCAACACUACACCAAAGAACGAGAAGUACACGCCCAUGGAGUUCAAGGUAUUGUCACAGACCCUGAACAAGAAUAACCUGCUCCCAGAUGAGAGGUCUAACUUCUACCCAACGCCCCUGCAGCAGACUAACAUGUACACCACCACCUACUACCCCACAGCGCUGGGCAAAUAUGACUACAACAGGCCUGACUCCUCCCCUUCCCCCUGCAGGACCUAUAACAACAGCUGAGACACCACCCCCACCCCCAUGGCCCCCGGCCCCGCCCACCCAGACUGAACUGAACUCCACCCCGAUCACCAUGGUGACAGAUGGUGACUGAACCCAUCCUCUGACCUGGAACUAUUUUUUUCUCCCCUCUCCUUUAUCCCAUGGUAUCUCCCAAAUGGUGGGGGGGGGGGUGUAAGGGUAUACCUGGAACAUACCAUGGUAUACCUGGAACAUACCACUCUGUAGAGGUGCUGAUGCCUACAUUAGACUCGCUAAGUAGAGCCAGGAAUUUGAUCAUAGUUUGUGGUGUAUUUUGGGGGGUGUGAGUGAGUACUGGACUCACACAUUUGGGGGGUGUGAGUGAGUACUGGACAUCACAGUGUCAACGUAGUGGAGAGAUAAAUGAUGAACUCUAUAAGACACUAUAAGCUACAGUAUGGAGUUGGAGAACUACUUAUCCCUGUGGAACUUGACAACCUGAGCGCCUUACUGUAGGUGUUGUGUUGCUAUCCAGAGAGGCUAGAGUUGGCCUUAGGAGAAAACUCAAAUGGCCGCCACCUCUCUUCCCUGGUCUGUCUGGUCACCUCUAUGAUUGAGUCUCUUUUUUAAUUUAAUUUAAUUUUUUACUCCCUUUCUCCCCAAUUUUCAAUCUUGUCUCAUCGCUGCAACUCCCCAACGGGCUCGGGAGAGGCAAAGGUUGAGUCAUGCAUCCUCCAAAACAUGACCAGCCUAACUGCUCUCCUUAACACCACCGCCAGCUUAACCCAGGGGCCAGCCACACCAAUGUGUCAGAGGAAACACUGUUCAACUGGCGAACGGGGUCAGCCUGCGGGAACCUGGCCUGCCACAAGGAGUCGCUAGAGCCGAUGAGCCAAGUAAAGCCCCACCCUCCCCUAACCCGGAUGACGCUGGGCCAAUUGUGCGCCGUCCUAUGGGACUCCCGAGCCAUGGCUAGUUGUGGCACAGCCCGGGAAUGAACCCGGGUCUGUAGUAACGCCUCUAGUCUCAAUGCAGUGACUUAGAUCGCUGCGCCACUUGGGAGGCCUAUGAAUGAAUUUCUAUGACACCAACAUCCCCUUGGUCUGCAGCAUCCAUACCCAUGAUGAACACCUAAUUCUCCCAACAACAAAAGCAGUUACCCAGAACAACCCUACCAGUGCAUAUCAUUGUGUCUGUCCUUCAGUAUGGUGGAUGCGAAUCGGGAGGGAACAAAAAAAAGAACUAAAUUAAUUCAAGAGAUGAAGAGAUGAAGAGAUCAAUACCAGUUCAAUUGUGUUUGGAGGUGGAUGGAUGCACUGAGGUCACCUCGCCUCAUCAAAUGACACGAGGAGGACAAGUACCUGGGACUUCAGCUCUGCUGUGGCGCCAUGUUUUUGGGUGGUACUAUGGGACCAGGGGAACAGAGGCACAUCCAGGAAUGGCAGCGUGUGAUCUGUUAUAGGAAAAGUGCCUACACUAGACCACAUAGAUACAGACAUACUCACUGCUGGAGAGAAUUUCUCUAUCUGCUUAUUUCCAAACAAGGCCCACACCUCAGGCUGGCUGUGUUAUGUACUGUAUCGGUAUGUUAACAAAGGCAAUGUUUCCCAGGGAAUGAUCUGAACAUGGGCUAGAGAGAUGAGGUGUCUGACUGAAAUACAGUUGGAAUCAUCCAACUUUGGGUAUACAGUAGAGAGGAUCAUGUGGGGUCAAAUUUGACUUUCUAUUACUUCUUUUUUAUGAUGAUAUAAAGACUUUUGGAAGGAAUUCCCUUGCUUCUAGAAUGAAAUGGAUGUAUUCUACUGAGUACUAUACCUACCUACCGCUCAGUGGUCAUAUUAAAUAUGGCCAGUGUGCAGAACUGGACUUUAACCGAUUUUAUAUGAUAUCAUACAAGGUGGGAUAAAAAGAUAGUAGUGGGGCAUUUUUUUAUGAGGGUGAUUUGUUUGAGGUUCAAGAGAGCAGUAGGAUAGGAGGAAAUGUUUUAUUUCACAAAUAAGGGAUAGCUGAUUCACUUUUGAGUUUCUCAUCGGUUUCACACCACAGCAUAUUAAAAAAAUCACAGCCGCUUAGUAGCCAAUACGUGUCUGACAAAUUAAAGGAGAUUUUGAUUUAUUACAACCACGUCUGUAUUUUUGGUGGCAUGUUAUAGAAGGGUCCAGACCUUUUUUGUUGUUGUUGCAAUUUCACUUGUUUUUGAGAAACAUACCCCAACCAGCGAGUCACUUCUUCAUCCUCGUUGUGCAGUACAGGAGCUCUGAAAAAACAUGAACCAACGCUCCAAAAACACUCAAAUCCUUUUAGAAACGGAAAACCUUCAGUACUGUGAUGCAGGUCUUUAGAUGUUGUACACAUGAAAUUGUGUCAUUCCGAACUUUAUCCGCAACAUUAUAUUCUAUUUUGUGCAACUCUAGCUGUUUCCCUUAUCCAGCUGUUCCACUCUCCUAGUGGCCUGCUGCUACCUGCAUCACUAUACUGAGAUGGUUUCUGUUUCCCUUAUCCAGCUGUUCCACUCUCCUAGUGGCCUGCUGCUACCUGCAUCACUAUACUGAGAUGGUUUCUGUUUCCCUUAUCCAGCUGUUCCACUCUCCUAGUGGCUUGCUGCUACCUGCAUCACUAUACUGAGAUGGUUUCUGUUUCCCUUAUCCAGCUGUUCCACUCUCCUAGUGGCCUGCUGCUACCUGCAUCACUAUACUGAGAUGGUUUCUGUUUCCCUUAUCCAGCUGUUCCACUCUCCUAGUGGCCUGCUGCUACCUGCAUCACUAUACUGAGAUGGUUUCUGUUUCCCUUAUCCAGCUGUUCCACUCUCCUAGUGGCUUGCUGCUACCUGCAUCACUAUACUGAGAUGGUUUCUGUUUCCCUUAUCCAGCUGUUCCACUCUCCUAGUGGCCUGCUGCUACCUGCAUCACUAUACUGAGAUGGUUUCUGUUUCCCUUAUCCAGCUGUUCCACUCUCCUAGUGGCCUGCUGCUACCUGCAUCACUAUACUGAGAUGGUUUC